CUGAUUCCUUGAGUAGAGUUUUUUUUUUUUUUGAACAAGUGGAGCCAGAUUUGAAUACAAAGAAAUAUAUGCAUUUAGCAGCUGAGGUUUUUUCUCUAGUGCAGUCCUUGUUAUCCCACCACUGGCCUAGCAUACAUCAUAAAUAAAUUUUUUCCUUGAGUUUGAAGAAAUUCUUCACAAAAUCUUUAAUUUGAUUUUAAAGAAACUAAUCCUUGCAAAUCUAUCAUUUCCUGUCAUUAACCCUUUAAGUCUCAAUAUCAACAUACAAAUUCUCCCAACUGGUCUUCAUACAUUUCCUUUAAGAAUUAGUUGAGAGAAUUUAAUGUAAGAUCAAGGCCUUUUGUCUUUGGUGAUCAUUUUAUUAAUUCUCAUAACUUAUCUCUUGACAGUGUAUGGAUAUCGUUAGGAGAAAAUUGAUGUUGAUCACUAUUAGGACUUACAGGGUUAAAAGAAUGUUAUGUUAACAUGAGAAAACUGCCGACAUUUCGCCUUGUCACCACUGGACCUCUCCAAAUGACGUCUGAGGAACGACUGCAGAUUUCCGCACUGUUGAUAUCACUUCCCAUAUCUGGGUAGUGCUUCUGAUUGAUUGAGACAGAUCUCCCUCUUGGCAUAAAUAACAAGCAUUACCCAGAUCUGAGUAGUGAACAUCAACAGUAUGAAAUUUCUGCAGUUGUUCCUCAGACUUCAUUUCACCAGUGGUGGCAUCACAAAAGGUCGGCUGUUAUCUCAGGCUACAUUAAAAAUAAACAACGCACAAACCUGGCCCUAGCUCUUCAAGAGCUGGACGGGGCAAUCCAUUGGAUAAAUCACUAUCCAGUGGAUAAGUAUUAGGGAAACCAAUUGCACUAUCCACUGUAUAGAGAUUUAUCUGGUUGUUAGCGUUAUUGACCUUUUGAACAACUGGGACCUGGCCUCAGUUGUUCCAAAGCUGGACAGGGCUAUCCACCGGAUAAAUCACUAGGCAGAUAAUAAGUAUUAGGGAAACCAUUUGCACUAACCAUUGGAUAGAGAUUUGUCCGGUGGAUAGCAUUAUCCACCGUUUGAACAACUGUAAUCUGUUCACAGACCCUCUAUUAUUUUUCUCUUUAUGGAUUGUUGAGCGCGCGUAUGAAAAUAAAAACCCCUGGGGAUUUAUUGCCCGCUUGCGCAUGGGGGUGGGGGAAGGGAAAAGAGAAAAUAGUUCUAUUUUUGUCUUUCUCGCGCUCCGCCCUCGUUCUCGCUCUCGCAGUACUCGAGUGCGCGUCGAUUUUCGAAUAGAAAUGGAAAGCAACAUCUGUGUACAGGCUACAACAACUGCAGCGUAAUGUGUAUUUAUGAAUAUCGAUUUAAAUUUCAGUUACAUGAUGGAGAAGGUUGAUUUGGUGCUGGUUGGUGCUGAGGGAGUGGUAGAGAGUGGUGGGAUCAUUAACAAAGUGAGUCAGGUUUGAUCCCGAAUAUCUUCAGUGUGUCAAUUGUGAUCAUUACUGUGAAGUCAAAUUAAUUAAUGUCGCAAAUUAAUGAGCACCCACCUUUCGCGGGUAUAUGAAAUCAAUUACCCCUGCACGUGGACACUAGUCCCUACGUACCCAUGCCACUCGUAAUGUACGAAUGUUCGUGUACUCAUUUUAUUUUUUUAACCUAGGUCUUAAUCUAGGGGCGGUGCCUCGCAUGGAACGUUAGUCCUGUUGCACCUACCCCUUUUGGGUUUUUUCUUCUUUUCUUUUUUUUGUGUGUGUGUAUGUGUUGUAUUACAAAUUUAUAUUGUAUAUCACUAGAGGAGCACCCAAUAAAGCUGUGAAAAAAAAAAUUCUGUAUUAAUUUGAGGAUACCCGUAUUAAGAGACCAACCUCUAUUAUGUACAUGUGCCAUACUUGGAGUGAAAGUUCCAUAAUUCCGGGUUAAUCGUCUAAAACGUUGCAUGUAAAGACGAUAAACAGCCAUGGGGUUAAACGUACCUUAAUUAAGCAGCAUUUUAACAUUAUUUUGAACAUUUGCUUGCUGAGUAGGGUAUUUGUUACAUGUGUUUCCUUAGAUUGGAACUUACCAGAUGGCUGUUAUGGCCAAGGUUGUAAAUAAACCUUUUUAUGUGGUGGCGGAAAGUUUCAAGUUUGUUCGCCUCUACCCACUAAACCAAGAAGAUGUGCCAAAUAGAUUCAAGGUGAGCUGGGUAGUUGAUUGUUAUGGCCACGCUUGUAUAUAAAUCUUUUUAUGUGGUGAUGGAAGUUUUUGAGUUUGUUCGAAUCGACCCGCUCAAACCGAGAAGAUGUCCCAAACAGGUUGAAGGUGAGCGUGAUACUUGAUCGCUAUUGGCUCAUUCAAGCUGACACGCACCUCUUCUCUACGAAGCUGUCUCAUGCUGUUUUAAUUUUUUAAGUAUAUUCGUUUCAUUACAACCUUUACAGAUCGGAAUAGUUUGCAGGACAGCAUGGAGAAUACGCUAUUUCAUGUUGAAGCUUUACCGGUGUAAUGUGUAUGAAAAUGUUCUUCAAGCAAAAAUAGAGCGGGAGGAAUGGGAACUCAGUAUAACUAACGUAUUUUCUUUGCUGGUUUGUUCAGUACUCAGAGAGCUCAUCGUCUGGUGCUUGUAACCAUCCUAUGGUAGAUUAUACUCCACCCUCCUACAUCACGCUACUUUUCACGGAUCUAGGAGUUCUUACACCCUCUGCUGUGAGCGAUGAACUUAUUAAACUCUAUUUAUGA